AUGGCGGCUGCGGUCGGGCGGGACACCCUACCUGAGCACUGGUCGUACGGCGUCUGUCGGGACGGCCGCGUCUUCUUUAUCAAUGACCAGCUCGGCUGCACGACCUGGCUGCACCCGCGGACCGGCGAGCCGGUCAAUUCGGGUCACAUGAUCCGCUCAGACUUGCCGCGCGGCUGGGAGGAGGGCUUCACGGAGGAGGGCGCCAGCUUCUUCAUCGACCACAACCAGCAGACCACAACCUUCAGGCAUCCUAUGACUGGACAGUUUUCUCCAGAAAACAGUGAAUUCAUUCUUCAGGAGGAGCCACACCCACGUAUGUCGAAGCAAGAGAGAAACCAAAGACCGUCCAGCAUGGUCAGUGAGACAUCAACGUCUGGGACCACAUCCACCCUGGAAGCCAAGCCUGGACCCAAGAUCCUCAAGUCUAGCAGCAAAGUGCACAGCUUUGGGAAGAGAGACCAGGCCAUUCGGAGGAACCUCAAUGUCCCGGUGGUGGUGAGGGGCUGGCUGCACAAGCAGGUGAGAAGGCUGAGGUGGGAGUGAGGUGGAAGAGUGUAUCUUGCUUGCUUCCCUCUCCUCCGG